CGUCACAUUCCUCCUCAUCGCUUCCGCUUCGUCUUUCUUUACUGCUUGGUCUUUCCAUCUGAAUCUGACCUACUACUAUCUCAACUCCGAUCGACCAGAUCUGCCGCUGUACGUGAGCAAUUCCCCGUGCUCCUGUUCGUUGGUAACUACCACAACAAACGUCAGCCUUUGUUUCCCAUGUCCUCUUUGGAUCAGUCUUGCGCCUCAAUUGCGACGACGGCCUUCCCAAAGUUGCGGUCGAGAACACAGAUGACCUACUCUUCAACCCAAUUGCGUCAAUCGCGGCAAUUGAACACCUCCAUGGCUUGAUCAUGUCUUCCACUCCGUCGAACCAAAGGACGUUUGCUGCCAACAACGGGCUCAAGCUGACACCCUCGAAUUCUCCAUACCCACGCACCCCUCGAUCACCGAAUAAGCCCCGCCCUUUCUACGAGUCGGGUCUUUCACUCAAGCGUAUCAUUGGCACCACAGUUUCUUCUCCCACCGCAUUCGAUAGCUGCUCAUCAUCUCGAACUUUUGCAUACACAGCCGGCGCAGCGGCCGUUAUUUUCACUGUUGACGACGAUUCGAAGGACUCCCAGAGAUUCUUCAGAGCUCGCCCAACGGCAACGGCACUCAAUGCUGGGGCCACAGCCACAUGCACUCCUUCUACCCCAGAAAACACAGCAAAUGAUGGCAGGAAUAGAUCUGUUGCAAACCUGAGAGACUCUGCGGUUCCCUUCUCGCUGUCUACACCACAUACAAACCUUGAACGAGUUGACUCGCCUACAUUAAAAACUUGGACAAGCAGGGAAAGAAUCAAAGCGGCCACUUGUGUCUCUCUGAGCCCGGAUGGAACCCUGUUGGCGGUUGGGGAGACCGGAUACUCCCCAAGAGUGCUGAUUUUCUCUUUGCAAGAUACUUCCUCUGAUACUCCUUUAGUUAUAUUAAACGAACAUACCUUUGGUGUUCGAGCUGUUUCAUUCAGCCCUGAUCAGAAAUAUCUUGCCAGCCUGGGUACUGCGAAUGAUGGAUUUCUUUAUGUUUGGUCAAUCAACCAAAGAACUGGGGCUGCCAAAUUACACUCUAGUAACAAAUGCACGAGCUUUAUCAAGCAAAUGAUCUGGCUCGGAAGCAGUAUAGUCACAAUCGGUACCAGACAUAUCAAGAUAUGGAGGGUCGAGGGGAAUCGGAGCGUAUCGCCAUCAAAACGACGAUUCGCGCUUGAUGGAACACCGCAACCAGCCGCUGUCCAGCCGAUCCUGAAAACCCUGGCAGGUCGGAACGUACUACUUGGGCCCCUUGUGGAAGCUACUUUCACGGCCAUUGCACCAAUAUCCAAUCACAAGGCCAUUGUUUGCGCUGAAAAGGGCGACGUUUGCCUUCUCGACGAUAGCGAGGGCCAAAAGUUAAUAAAACUGGCAAGUACGGGGUUCUUCAUCAUGUGUCUUGCGGUUGAUGUUCAGUCUCGAAUGGUCAGAAUUGGAGGGCGCAAUGGCAGAAUGAAAUCCAUGAUCCUGGAUGAGCUCUUAAAUCCAUCUCCUCCUGAAUCACUGAAAUCAUUUUUAGAAUCUGCCUCGGGCGCCUCCGGCCCCGAUCUCUGUGCAAUGGGUUAUGCUGCAAACAGCCUCGUCACGGUCGAUUCCAACAAUUCGAUAGAAAUAUCGAAUCCGGACUCUGAUACUGCGGAUUUGAGUAUGCAGAAAGUCCUCUCGGCACAUGGUGAUUCGGUCCUUGGGAUUGGCCUGUUGUCUCCUGAGAACAAGAUGAAUGCCGCGUUUCUUACAUGGUCUGCCAAUGGAACAAUCGUCUUCUGGGAUCUUGACGGUAGCAGCAAGGGUCUUGUGAAGGUAGAAGUUGAGCAGCUCUCCGCAGGAGACGACGACCCUGUCAACCAAUGUCAGAUUGUGAGGGCUGGGAAGAACGCUGCAUAUUUAGUCACUGGGGACAAAUAUGGCGUCUUGAGGGUCUUGCGGAUCGUCGAUCCGUCCACCCAGACGUGUGAGUUGGAAACGAGGGCUCAUAUGUCCGAUAUUCAAGAUAUCGCCCUUCAUGAAAGUGAAAACACUACCAUGAUCGCCUCCUGUAGCCGGGACCGAACGGUUCAGAUGUUCCGUUUGCUCCUAGGCGAAUGGGUUCUUAUCCAAACAUUGGAUGACCAUUCAGCCAGUGUCUGCAGCCUGUUCUUUGCGGAGAAUGGAGAGAAGUUGAUAUCCUGCUCGACAGACAGAACCAUUCACAUAAGGCAACUUGUGAAGAAGGACGUUGGGGGUCAAGAUAUCAUUGGCGCAGUUCCCCUUCGCAUUAUCACACUGAAAGCUUCCCCAGUAUCGAUGGCCGCCUGUUUUGCAGACCAGAUGGGCAACUUUGUCGUGUCUUUGCUUGAUCGGUCAGUGGCAAUCUAUGAGAUUGCCAGUGGGCGUCUUGUUAGCUCGUUCCGCGCAACUGACAGUGAGGGUGCUGAGGCCGUUGUCUUGGAUGCUCUGGUCAUGGGAAGACCUAGUUGCAUACCGGGAAGACCAACAAUUUUAGCUGGAGUCUCGACUACUGACAAGUCUGUGCGCGUUUACGAUGGAGUAACAGGAGCAUUUCUGGACCGCGAGUUUGGCCACACUGCGAGUGUGACUGAUGUUGCCCUCUUGGAGUCCGACUCUGAGGAGAAGAUUCUGAUAAGCUCCGGGGCUGAUGGUACUAUUAUGAUAUGGGAUCUCUCACCAACGAAAGUGCCUGAAGCGCAAGAAUCUUCCUCCGACACCCGAGAACCAUCUCCUCCAAAGGACACUCCGUCCACUAGACCAGCAUUGAGGAGAGUGCUGUCUCGAGCUGAACUGGCAGAGUUUCAGCGGGUCUCACCAGUUUCGACGCCAACGGGCAAUCGCUCUCCACCACGAAUCCGACGAAAAACGUCGAGAUACGGCCUCUCAUCGCAGUCUCCUACUCUCGCGCUUGCGCCUCCUGUACCACCACUUAGUUCAAAGCACUUUACGUCAGCAUCGGAUGACUCUUCCAUACGUCGUGCUACGGGUAGCCGGCAUCGAUCUCGCAGCCCCCCGCCGGCAAAGGACAUGAGGCGACCGUCACUGGCUUCACUUGAUUCGCGGGGGCGAACGAAGAGCACAGGGAAUUUCAGCGAGUUUGGCAGUCUCAAUAUGGCGACUGAGCAAGCAUGUCGCACUCUACGAGCUUACCGCAAGAAGCUCCUGUCCGCCGAAUCUGUGAAAGAGGAUGCUCUGAAGGAGUUGGAUCAGGAACUGCGACUCACAGCGGUAGCGUUAGGAGAGAAGAACCUCAAGACGAAAGUUAUUAGUGAGACGGUAUUAGCGGUUCUCGACCAAUACUCCGAUCGCCUCGUUUCUAUGUUUGACGAGAAGCUUAGACUAUUAAAGGUAGAUUCAAGUGAGUCUGUAAGCAUGGCAGAAGAGCGGCCAAAAACAGCAAGUAGUUUAGUUACUUCGAGUAUAUUACCUUAA